AUGUCUAACGGAAACGAUGGCCAGGAGCCGGGCCCGUCCAAGCGGCGAAGGGUACCACCGCCCGAAUACUAUAACUAUUAUAGCGACAGCGACAGCGACAGCGAGACAGAGUUCGACGCCGAAAAGCACCAGAACGUUCUCGAGGAAUACAACACUGCUGAUGAUCCGGAGGAUUAUCGUAGACGGAUGGUAGAACUCUCAUGCCGUGUGACGCUGAUCGCUGAGCGAAGCCCGGAUACGCGCAACGAGCUGCUGUGCGCGUUGGGCUCGUUUAUUCCGGGCUUGUCGACGGACCCGCGAACGUUGCUCGAAGGACCGUGGGACAUCACGCCCACAGAUGUCCCUGGCCUUGCUGAACCGGCGGCCUUCUGGCAGCGUGACGUUGAAGAAGCAAUACGGGCACAGACGUCGUCAUCGACGGUCGGGUUGGACUUGUUCAUUGCUGGGGCACCGUUCAUGCAUCUUAACAAUCCCAAACUGACAUCGUGGGUUGUGCUUGGACGGGUGCGCGAAGCCACUAAACCACCGGGCGAACCUUUCGUCCUGAGCGUGUUUAGUGGCAGCGAAGCCCCAACCCCGCACGUGCUACUCAGCCCGCUCUGCGACCAGUUGCCGGAAUUGCCGAAUGUCACAAGACGGCCCGGCAAAACGCAUAUUAUGGAUGCCAAAAGUGCGUCAUUCCGGGCAAAAUGGUAG